CUUUAGCCAUUCCUUAUGUUAGUCCAAUGUUGGCUGAAAGUUUGGGAAAUUUACCACCUAUUUUAAUGCAAGUAGGUGGUGGAGAUAGAUUACGGGAUGCUGGAGUUUUGCUUAGUUUUAGAGCUUCUGAUCCAAGUAAAUAUCAAAUACCUAAGUAUGCUACUACUAAUUUUGAAAAUUCGCCAUUUAAGAAGCCCACAGAAGUUACACUUGAAGUUUAUGAUGAAGCAUGUCAUUGUGUUCAAUUCAUGCCCUUUGAAAAAAUUGCUUAUUUUUCAAUGCAAAGGGCUGUUGAUUUUAUUAAGCAUCAUACGCUUGAUAAAAAUAUUAAAGAUACUCCUAAUCCCGUUCAGCCAACUAUUAAUGCAAUUUCAAUUAGCCCUAAUUGCGAAAUUAGAGAAUUAGACGCAAAGUAUAUGGAAUGUUUAAAAUGGGAAAAUGCUGGUGUUUUACCAGAU